AUGCGCGGUGCCCUCACCGGAAGGCCGGCGGCGCGGCAAACCGCCCGUUUUCCCGGCGGCGGGCCGUGCGCACGCGCGGAGGCGGCGAGGCCGGCCGGCCAGGCCGCGAGAGCGGUGGCCGGCCCAAUGGAGCGCCUGGUAGACGCGGCGCGCGAUGACCUUGCGCGCUUCUUCAGACUUCAACGGCCGCAGGUGAGGGGCGGCGGGGCCGGCCGGCCCGGCGGGGUCAGCCGGGCCAGCCCGGCUGGGAGAGGCGCUCGGUGGCGGGACCCUCAAGACGUCCGAGCGGAAGGCGCGGGCUCGGCGGCGCUAUCGCAGCCGCGGGCUCGGGCGGGCGCCGGGAACACGCCGUUCCGGUUUCUUCACGGGAUCAGCCAGGUUCAUGGGAAGUUGCCUGCCGUGAUUUCUGACUCCUUUUUUUUUUGUUUGCUUGUUUUAUUUAAUAGCAAAUUCCUUAUUUAUGCCUGCCUGCUGCUCUUCUCUGUGUUGCUGUCUCUACGUCUGGAUGACAAGAUUCAGUGGAGUUACUGGGCUGUGUUUGCUCCGAUAUGGCUGUGGAAGUUGAUGGUGAUUGUUGGUGCCUCGGUGGGAACAGGAGUAUGGGCUCGGAACCCGCAGUACCGAGCAGAAGGAGAAACCUGUGUGGAGUUCAAAGCUAUGUUAAUUGCAGUAGGCAUCCACCUGCUACUGCUGAUGUUUGAAGUCCUGGUGUGUGACAGGAUCGAAAGAGGAACCCAUUUCUGGCUUCUGGUCUUCAUGCCCUUGUUCUUUGUGUCUCCGGUGUCCGUCGCAGCGUGUGUGUGGGGAUUCCGACACGACAGGUCCCUGGAGCUGGAAAUCUUGUGUUCAGUCAAUAUUCUACAGUUCAUAUUUAUUGCACUCAGACUAGACGAUAUCAUCAGAUGGCCAUGGCUUGUUGUUUGUGUUCCACUGUGGAUCUUGAUGUCCUUCCUGUGCCUGGUAGUGCUCUAUUACAUUGUGUGGUCUGUUCUGUUCCUGCGCUCUAUGGAUGUGAUUGCUGAGCAGAGGAGGACACACAUCACGAUGGCUGUCAGCUGGAUGACAAUUGUGGUUCCACUGCUCACAUUUGAGAUCUUGCUAGUACACAGACUGGAUGGACAUAAUUCUUUUUCCUUCAUACCCAUAUUUGUUCCUCUCUGGCUUUCACUGAUAACAUUAAUGGCAACAACAUUUGGGCAGAAAGGUGGAAAUCACUGGUGGUUUGGAAUUCGCAAAGACUUUUGCCAGUUCCUACUUGAAAUUUUCCCAUUCCUACGAGAAUAUGGAAAUAUUUCUUAUGAUCUUCAUCAUGAAGAUAAUGAAGAAACAGAAGAAACACCACUGCCUGAACCGCCAAAAAUUGCACCAAUGUUUCGAAAAAAGACUGGAGUGGUCAUUACACAGAGUCCUGGAAAAUAUGUGAUUCCACCUCCCAAGUUAAACAUUGAUAUGCCAGAUUAAGAUGACAGUAGCAAAUUAAACUUGAACUGGUCAUCAGCAGACAAAUGUAUUUCAUCUCAUGCCUUGUCCAAAUUCCUUUAAAAUAGGUAUUGCUGAAUCAGUGGCUUGGAUUACACGAAUCAGAGAUCUCGAAGAUAAUCUGAGAGCUUUUCCAGAGGAUUGUGGUUGUCUAAUUUGUGAACCUUCCUAACGGGUUGGUUGCACGCUUGCCUGUAUAGUAUUUAUAUGAACAUUUUUAGCAGUGUAAUAUAUUGUUUAAAAGUCUUGUUGUGUACAGUAUAAGUAUUAUCUAAAAGUAUUUUUUUAAAAACCCUGUAUGAAAUGCCUAUGCUAUUCCAGGUGUCUUUUAGGUCCUAAAUAUACACUUGAUUUUUUGUGUCUCUUUUAAAUGCUUUGGGGAUGCCUUAGCAUAGUACCUCUUUACUGCUUUUUCUGUUCAGCCACAAUCAUUGUCUCAACCACAGAGGCACAAGAGUGUUGCUCUUCUCAUGCAACACUGGAAAGCUUUUUUGGGGGGGAGAAGUAGAAUAUAUGGCAACUUACAUGAUGCUUUUGAGUUAGCCAUGUAAAUUUUCAUGUAAGUAUUUCAACUUUUGCACUGUCUUGGGAGUCACAUGUUGCUUUUGUUGUUUUACCAGUUUCACAUUUUGAUACUUCCUGAGCAGCAUGUACACCAUUCUCCCACUAGACUGGCUGUUUAAUAAGCUGUUCCCCAUUGCAUUGUGUGCAGUCUGUGCCAGAAACGUUUGUUGUAGGUCUCACAGCUGUUGGUUAGGUAUAAAUAUCAUAGCUUGGUCUUUGUUACCAACUUUGUGUUGGUUGGUGUAAAUGAUUAAACUUUUCAAGACAGGAACUCA